GGGGGGGCCGCGCAUGCGCGCCGCGUGCCCGCCCCUCGCCAGCAGCAGAGGAGGAGGCGGCGGUGGCGGCUCUGGGCGAGGGAGCGCGAGGGGAGUGAGAGGCGCCGUUGCCGCCCCGGUAUCCGGCAGGACCGCGCGGAGGAGGCGGGAGCGCCCCGGCGGCGGAGGGACCCGAGUGGCGGCGGCAGCAGCAGCAGUAGCAGCAGCAGGAGGAGUCAGUGCCCGGCCCCCCCCCGCGCAGCCCCGUUGCAGCCCCCCCCUCCCUCCCGCCCUCCGCGCUCCGCAGCCACCAACAUGUCGGCGCCGGCGGCCAAAGUCAGUAAGAAGGAGCUGAACUCCAACCACGAUGGGGCCGACGAGACCUCAGAAAAAGAGCAGCAGGAAGCAAUUGAACACAUUGAUGAAGUACAGAAUGAAAUAGACAGACUGAAUGAACAAGCCAGUGAGGAAAUUUUGAAAGUAGAACAGAAAUACAACAAACUCCGCCAACCAUUCUUCCAGAAGAGGUCAGAAUUGAUCGCCAAAAUCCCGAAUUUCUGGGUAACAACAUUUGUCAACCACCCACAAGUAUCUGCACUGCUGGGAGAAGAAGAUGAGGAAGCACUGCAUUACUUGACCAGAGUUGAGGUGACAGAAUUUGAAGACAUCAAAUCAGGUUACAGAAUAGAUUUUUAUUUUGAUGAGAAUCCCUACUUUGAAAAUAAAGUUCUCUCCAAAGAGUUUCACCUCAAUGAAAGUGGAGACCCAUCUUCAAAAUCGACUGAGAUUAAAUGGAAAUCUGGGAAGGACCUGACAAAACGUUCAAGCCAGACACAGAACAAAGCCAGUAGGAAGAGGCAGCAUGAAGAGCCAGAAAGCUUCUUCACCUGGUUCACUGAUCACUCUGAUGCAGGGGCUGAUGAAUUAGGAGAAGUCAUCAAGGAUGACAUCUGGCCAAAUCCCCUACAGUACUACUUGGUUCCUGAUAUGGAUGAUGAAGAAGGGGAGGGAGAGGAGGAUGAUGAUGAUGAUGAAGAGGAGGAAGGAUUAGAGGAUAUUGAUGAAGAAGGAGAUGAAGAUGAGGGAGAAGAAGAUGAAGAUGAUGAUGAGGGAGAGGAAGGAGAGGAGGAUGAAGGAGAAGAUGACUAAUUGAACACUGAUGGAUUCCAAACCCCCUUUUUACCUUUUUAAUUUUUUCUCCAGUCCCUGGGAGCAAGUUGCUGUCUUUUUUUUCUUGUGCUCAGUCGCCUUGUUCUCUUGAGGUCUCUUUUUCUCUCCUCUACACCAUGGUUCACGAUUUAUUUUGGGGAAAUAUCUUGAGCAGAAUACAGUGGAAAAGAGUCUACCAGUUUCUGUUUCAAGUUCAUUUUUAUCCCUUUCUCUCUCAAAACAAAAACUGUUUAUGAAUCCAACACACCAUGUUCUGUGGGAAAAAAGAAAACCUUCUGCUCCCUUCACUCUGCUGGAAGCUGAAGAGUGCUAGGCCCCUGUGUAGUAGUGCAUAGAAUCUAGCUUUUUUCCUUCUUUCUCUGUAUAUUGGGCUCAGAGAUUACACUGUGUCUCUAUGUGAAUAUGGACAGUUAGCAUUUACCAACAUGUAUCUGUCUACUUUCUCUUGUUUAAAAAAAAAGAAAAAACAACAAAAAAAAAUAAAAA